AUGCCCCCUCCGGCUCGCUAUCCCACGCCCCCGCCUCGCUGGCACCCCUCUCCGUACCCUCCUGUUCCCUCCGGUUCCUCUCGGGCCCUCCUCCCGUCUCACUUCGUCCCACCGGUUCCCAUCCUCCCCCUCCUCCGUGCCAUGUCAUCCUCCGUGCCCCUCAACCCGCUCGCGACCGUCCACAUCCGCCGGUACUUCCUCCUGCUGGAGGUGCUUCGACAUGAACGGGCCGCCGAGCCACGCCUCAAUAUGUCCUCGCCCGGGACCUGGCUCGUAUGGGGUCACAGCGUCCGCUGGCUUCUGCGCAUGCUCUUCGACUCGUUCUCCCUGGCUACGGCCCACGGCGAUGCGUCACUCCCGUCCCCCCGCAGUGUUCCCUCCGUGGCCUCUCUGCUCGCCUACGUUGACGCCGUGUUUGAGGGCAUUCCCUCCGAUAUCGGUACCGGGACCGCCUUGUAUCCUGCCAUCGCAUGGUCCCCUCACAGGGUCCAUGCCGACCCGUCCAGCGGACAGCCUCCCCCGCCAUCUCCCCCUCAGUUCAUAGACCCUCCACUCCACCUAUCUUCCCUCCGGCUUGCUUCCGAUAACCAAGACUCCCUUUAUGCUCGGAUGGGCGCGUUGAUGAGCGAGCAGCGGACCUCUGCCGGUCGUAUCUGUAACAACGUCGGGUUUGUAGUCCGCGAGAUCUACGACUUGGGCCGUUCCGUCCGCCUGAUCACCGAACCAGAAGGUGCUUUCGGGGGUGCUGCCGGAGGGAACGUUGAUCCGGAGGAGAGUUCGGUUGGAGGCCCGGAAGGUAUCGACAUCACCGUUCCGGAGAUGUUCGACGGAGGGAACACUGUUUCGUAG